AUGGACACAGAAAGUCCGGAAGCUCGCCAGGAAGCACAACCGGAUGAACAGCCGAAACCUGAGAUUGACGCCAUUAACGACUUAGCAGCUCUCGAAAAGGUGAGAUCUUGUUCAACUUAUGAGAAAAGAAGAAAACAGUGAGU